ACGGAUGCUCAAGAAACGGCAUCGCCCCAUCCCAUCGCCUCUCCCUAAACAGUGUUUCGAGUUUCAUCAGAAAACAGGAAAAAAAAAAAAACAUCCUCAGAAACCCCAACAAAAGAAACGCAGGUUUCCAUAAAUACGAUCCGACACUAGGUGAAUAGGGCAAAGGAAUGCAUUAUAUCAAGUCUGAUAAAGAUAGAGAAAGAAUAAAGGGUUUGCUAAGAAGUGGCGAGUUGAGGUCAAUGAGACCAAAUGCGGGGGUGAAAGUGCUAAACUAAAGGGGAAGGAAGGAGAUAGCUUUUACUCUUAAAGAUGUUGGGGUUGGUUUUGCAUCCAAAAUGAGGGUCGGGUAGGUAGAUGGAAUAGAGGAGGCUUUUGCAGGCUACUUUUGUGGUUGAGCGAACAUUUUUUAGGAUGCAAACUGUGCUUUGCGAUUUAUAAUUUUGGGUAGUUAAGAUAUAACUGCGUUGAGAAAGCAGAUCAGAAUUGGGGACGUUAAGAUGGAUGAUUGACAACAAAGGUACAAGUUCCAUUGCAAAUAAUUUUGUUAAAGUUGCCAUUGUUGAGGUCGGGGAAGAGUGUUCUAAGAUGGUUUAGCCGUGUACUACUAAUACUUAUGAGCUAUGAAUGUAGGUUGAAGAGAAUAAAAGCAUCAAAUUCGAUUUGGCUCAAGGUUAUGAUAAAAGAUAUGAUUUCCUGGGAUGCAAGGAAGAAUAUGGCUUUUGACUAGAGCUAAACUGUGCAAUUCAGUAACUUGAACUGGGCCCUUGGUGAAUUGGUUUGAGUUGUACUUACCAAGCAGACAAUAUGACAUAAUUCUUUUAUGGAGUACAGUUCUUAUACUUGGCUUCAACUAGAGAGCAUACAAGACCAUUGCUUCUAAGAAACGAAUGAAUUUUUCAUAGAAGUAUGAAAGCUUAUUUCUGCUCAUUUAUUGAAAAAAAAAAAAUCCAGGAAUUAGCAGCAUAAUAAAAUCAAGAAACAAUGAGAAGGGUGAGAGUAGAAGUUCUUCUGUAUAAUGUUUCUUGGACAUCACGAAAGUUGCAGAUUAUGACAACCAAUACGAGGAUCAUGAUCGACUAGCUACCCAAUUCCUUUGCUCAAAUGUGUUUGUUUAAACUUAAAAUCCAGAAGCACGAAAUGUCAUUGUUUAUAGGCUUGUUAGGAUAUAAAUUGGGGUACACAAACCAGAACAAGAUUUUUAGGCAUUUUCAGAAUGUUUCCCGGAUUUCAUUGUUUAGGCCAUUGUUUCUUGGAUUCCAUUGGUUUGCUUCUAUUGGAUCUGAUCAUUUUCAUUUCGUUCUUAGAGUUUCUUAAACUGAGUUGAACCUUAUAAUGCCAUCUUUAAGGGAAACUGCUCAUCUUCAAAAACAAAAAUAAGAUAAAAUUUAUUAAAAUUAAAAAUAAGAAUUCUCUUUGUGCAGUUGUCUUGCACAUCUUGCACUUAGAUCUCAAGUUCUAGUUAGAAGCCAUAUAGUUGUAAUUAGACUACGAGAUUAUAUAGACAGAGUGAGCAAAUGAUAUUCAGCACUGUAUUCAGGAUGAUUACUUUAAGAGCAACAAUGUUUUAUGCUGCUUGAUCUAUAUACAUUCAAUUAUAUGAAAACCAUUAAAAACCAAGUUUUGAGGAAUCCCAAGAUCAAGAAAAGUAUAUCCAUGUUUUAUAGCGGGUUUCUAGAGCUGUUUUGUCCAACUGUAGAGAUGACCUACCCCAGUUUUUAUAACCUUUUAUGGUCUCCUAUAAACGUCCAUUGAUUUUUGGAUUUCACAUUCAUUUCUAUGUAAAAUGAAACUGAUACAGACUAUCUUUAACAAAUGGUAGGGACCAGAACCCCUUCAUGGCUAUGGUUAUCUGCCAUGUUGUUUGUUAUUAUAGGAAGUUCUAAGAAUUUGCUCGAUUAGAUAUAUUGCAAAGUUGGUGAUCUGAGCAUAGGAUUUAAUAGGAGGAUCAAAUUAGAAAAUUCCACCUUGGUGUUCUAUUAUAACUUGCUCAUUUUGUUCCCGAUUUUUAACCUAGUGAGGUGGUAUGCAGUUUUCUUGGUUCAAAUUAUGCCAUCCGAAUCUGAUAAGUGGGGAUGGAAACAUGUCAGUGUGUUCGGUGGGUUUGACAAGGGAACUGGUACAAAAAGGUGGAAAUGCAAUCACUGUAAUCUACGAUACAACGGAUCUUAUUCCCGUGUUAGAGCUCACCUUCUUGGGUUCGCUGGCGUUGGGGUCAAAAGCUGUCCAGCAAUAGACAGGUCUUUGAGAGAAGCAUUUCAGAUCAUGGAGGAAGAGCGCCUUGCACGAAAAAAGGAAAAGACUUCUGGAACGCCUGGCAAGCGCAUUCGGACUUCACGACCAAGUCUUAGCAGUGUCACCAAAGAAGAUGUUGAUGAUAUUGUAGCAAGAUUUUUCUAUGCUGAUGGUUUUAAUAUCAAAGUUGUGAACUCACCUUACUUUCUUGAAAUGGCAAAAGCCAUUGCUGCCUUUGGCCCUGGGUAUGAACCUCCAACAAGAGAUGAACUUUGUGAUUCUUAUUUAAGUAAAGAAAAAGGAAGGAUCGAAAAAUCUUUGGCUCUAGUUAGGGAGUCCUGGCCUCACACAGGAUGCACAAUGCUGUGUGUCAGCCGCUCAGAUAGCUCAUUGGGUUGCCUCCACAUUGAUAUAUAUGUCUGUAGUCCAAGGGGACUUGCCUUUCUGAAAGCGGUAGAUAUAGAUGCGAAUGAUGAUAAUGUGUUCCCUGGUGCCCUUACUGAUGCAAUUAUAGAAGUUGGGCCCACAAAUGUUGUUCAGAUAAUCUCACAUCUGGGCCCAGCCUGUAAAUCUUCUGAAUCCCUUAUAUUGUCAAAGUUCCCUCACAUUUUCUGGUCUCCGUGUGCAUCACACUCUAUCUGCAUGCUGAUGGAAGAAAUAGCUGAAUUGGAGUGGGUUAAAUCUGUUGUAGUGUGUGCUAAGGAAACCGAGCAAUGCAUCAUGGCAUAUCAACGCUCUUCUUCAGUUAUUUUGAUUCAAAACUUGGAAGGGAGUUCUGACCUGCUUUCUACCAAGUUUGUACCAUCCUAUGGCAUUGUCCAGAGGAUUUUUCAGCUAAAGCAAACACUUCAAGAAAUAGUUGCUGGUGAAGACUGGAAGCAAUGGAAGCUUUGUAUUCCAGAGGACAUUGCAAGUAUUGAAGCUGCAAUUAGUAGUGAUGAUUUUUGGAGCAGGGCUAAUUUAUUCUUGCAGUUAUGCGAGCCUUUUUUAAGCUUCCUUGCUACGCUUAAUACUGAUCGAUCUGUGAUGGGUGAUCUUUAUGAUUGCCAGGUUCAGGCUCUUGAAGCUGUGAGAAGCCAGAGAAUCGAUAGUGUCUCGAAUGUGUUGGAGGAAUUGAUAGAGAACAGAUGGGAUGUAUUAUUUUCUCCUCUUCAUGCUGCUGGUUACAUACUUAAUCCUAAAUAUUUUGGUAAAGGUCAAACAAGGGAUAGAACUGUAAUGCGUGGUUGGAAAGCCACUCUAGAAAGAUAUGAGCGUGAAGCUACUGCGAGACGAGUUCUCAGAGAGCAGCUUAGCUCUUACUGGCGACUAGAAGGAUCACUAGGAGAAGAAGAUGCUGUGGAUUGUAGAGAUAAGAUGGAUCCAGUUGCUUGGUGGGAGAACUUUGGUUUCGAAACUCCCCACUUACAGACACUAGCCGUGAAAGUUCUGAGUCAGGUUUCAAGUGUUGGAAUGUGUGAAGAGAUAUGGCAAGAUAAUGAUUUCCCAUGUCGAAGAACAGCCAACAGGUUAGAAGUGGAAAGAGUGGAGGAUCUUGUUUUCGUUCGAAACAACCUUAGACUACAUAGCCAAAGAAACGGGAUUUCAAGAUCCCCAUCUUUUCAAAGGAAUCAAAUUCCAAGCAGCCCAUCUGGAAUUAAAACGUGGGAUGGUACUCGUCUUGAUCAAAUAAAGACGAUAUUUAGCAUUCAUGACACGUCCUGAUAGCUUGUAAGUUGUAAGCCAUUUCUGUUUUGCUGCUGAAGUUAGUGGAGCCUUGGACACAGGUUAAUUACUUGUUGAAGAUAAUGCCAGAGUAGAAAUAGAUUCCAGAGUCUUCAAAAGGUGAGUGGCGUCUUUGCCUAUAACUUCAGCUUAAGAAAGAUUGUUGGCUCAUAAACUUGUCUUUAGAAAUGCUUUCAUCCUGUAUUUGUUUCUAACUUGAGAGUAAUGACUAACAUAUUAUGCAGGUUCUCAUAACUAUAAUGAGAAAUGUUUGGUCUAGACAGAGAUUUUAUAAAAUCAAAUUUACAAACCGACAUGACUUGAUAUGAUACAUCUGAUUGUAGAUAAUUUUUUAUUUUGUAAAGUAGUUCUAACUUAUUGCAUUAAACCAUAUCAUAUUCUAAGCCUGCUUUUGUAAAAUCUCUGGAUAGAUAGCACUUCUCAAGAGGGAUUUUAGUAAAGAAAAAGAUGAUUGAUUUAAGAAA